AUGUUGUUCGAGCCUCAAGCCCUCGCGACUGCCCUUCUUCCCAUCCAUGGCCGGCCCAAGCUCAAGUCCUCCAUAGCUCCCCCGACGCUCUCGAGGGACUCUUCCUUUGACCUGGACUUCGCCUUAACGCCCGGUCCGUUGACACGCACUUCCUCAGAGGUUGAACCCCCGCCGUCCGCGGUAGUCUCUCGGUCUUCUUCGGAUUCGUCCCUUUCAUCUUCCUCUGCUCUGUCUGCGUCCCCUCCUGUAUCUGAUCAAGAUGCUGCGUCACUCUUUGACUCCGGUGCGACUACUUCGACUCGCAUUACAACGCCACUGGGAUCGGUGGGCCAGCCGAAGUCGGACGAAGGUCAUGACGAGGCCAUAACAAUCCUCUCUUCGUCGCGCAAGGCUCGUCCUUUGAGCAUCGAUCUCUCGCCUGCUUCCCUGCAGCCUCGACCAUCAGUUCGGCAUGACCGUCGCGCCUCGCACCCCACUUCGCCCCUACGCUCGGACGAGGACUGGGCCAAAGACGUCCGUUGGCUUGUCCCCUCUGGUCCGGCCCCCACUGCGCCAAGCCGCACCAAGCCCCUCCAGAAUGCCCAGAAUGCAGACUCGCCUGUUCGCAUUGCCCGUCCUCUGCACCCCGAUCUUCUCCCUCCUCUCCCGACGGACGCGAUGCCGAUCCCCGCGCCCCACCAACUUGAGCGCCAGGCGUUUUCGGACCUUACCUCCGUCGCGGGCACGGCGACGGCCCGCCCGCGUCCCAAAGAGCAGCGGAACAGCCGGCACUCUUCGUCUCGGCACUCGAAGACGCGCAUGAGCGCGCUCUGGGAGGAAGACGAGAGUGAGUACUCGGACUGGGGCGCGAGCAGCGCGGAUGUCAGUAGGGCGAGUACGCCCGCGCCAACGCCGUUCGCGGACGGUUACAUGGGCGAGCGCGCGGGCACCUCGACGCCGCCGAUCGGGUGGGGAUACGCGGGCAUAGGCUCGAUGAGUGGGCCUGUCGUCACCUCGGGCGUCGGCGCGGUAGGCCAUGGCCCCCUCCACCCUGAGUUCAGGAAUUCGCUCCAUCGACGCCCGUCCAUGUCUGAGUCGAAUCUGCUCGACCGGUUCAAGCAUGACCCUGAGCCGCCCUCGCCCACGGAGUCGCCAGAUGUGAGGUUUCAGGACUACGCCCGCCGCCGGAGGAACCAUUUGCGUUCGGUUUCGUUGUCUAACCCUUCUGCGCCGUCCCUUGGCCAACAAGUGACGCUCAGCAGCUCGCUUCCUACGCAUUCGAUUCCGGCACCCUUCCCGAUCUCCGAACCAGGUCAUGGGUCCGGCUCUGUUGGAUACACAAGUCUUACUCUCCCUCAUGCGGCGUACACUGGCAAGAGCGGGAAGACGCGCCUCGACGGGCAAGUCGACCUCGUGCGCUCUGGCAAGGCGCAGAGCAGCAUGGCCACCGUCGAGAUCGUGCGCGGCGUCGCCGCCAGCGUCGGCUCCUCGCCGCUCUCCAAGACGCGCCGCCGGCUCUCGUUCAGCGUGGGCAUCGGCAAGAAUGGGCGGCGCCGCGAGAAGGAGAGUGAGACCCCCGCACACCUCCGCGCGACGCUCCCCCUGCCCGUUGCGUUCACUGCGCACAUCCCCCCGCCGAGCUUCGUGUCGAUGGACCACAUCCUGGUGCAAAUCUUCGCGGUCGGCUUGGAUGGCGUCGACUCAUUGAUCGUGCAGGAGAAGGCGGAGAAGCGCGGGUCGGCGGGCUCAGUGAGGGGGAAGAAGAGAGGCUUCAUUCCUGGCCGCAGCUUUGUUGGUCGGGCGGUGGAGUGUGGGUUCGAUGUCGACAAUGCGGUGUGCAAGAGGGGUGAGUGGGUCGUAGGCUUGUUGGACGUGCGCAAGUGCGGUGCGCUCGCGGAGUACGUCGUCAUCGAUCGGCACCGUAUGUGCCGGUGCAAGCAGCCACGUACGAAGGGUGCGACGCUGUUCCCUCCUCGUCAGCGCACCCGUACACGCACGCUCUCGCUGCCGCCCCAGGGUAGCGUGCCGAGUCCUACGCAGUCGGGUGUGAUGCUACCAGCAUCCAACCAACUCACUCCCCAGGAUCUCGCCCUUAUUCCGCUCUGUGGUCUUCCCGCGCACCGCGCAGUGCGGUCUUUCGCCGAUGUCAUCGCCGCGCGGAAGAGCAAGGGCGGUCGUGCCCGUAUCCUCAUCCUGAACGCUCACGACGGCGCCAGCGCGAUGGCGCUGCAGAUGCUCGCCAAGAAAAAGGUGGAUGUAUGCGCGCAGAUCCCUGAGUCGGCCGUGCGGGACGUGGACGAGAGCGAAGAGUCGUCGGAGGGGAGCAACUCCGGUGCGUCGCUGACCAGGCGCGAACGCGUCGAGACGCGAGUCCGGGGCUGGGGUGCUGGGGAGGUCUUCGUCGGUGAGCCCCUCGCGGUGCUCGAGCAGCUGUUCGAGGAGGAGAGGUCGUUCGACGGAGUACUCGACACCGUCGGGGGUGUGGAGAUCUGGGAGGCAGCGCAGAGGCUGCUCGCAACGUACCCGUCGAUGUCGUGCGCGGUGUCGGACGUGGAAGAUAACGCUGAUGACGGGCGGAAGAAGAAGGUCUUCGUCUGCCCGGCGCAGUUCACCACGCUCGUCGGCGACAUGCCGUCGCGCGCGAUCCCGAGUGCGAACGACAACAUCCGUAUGGGACUGCGGUCCCUGCGGCGCGCCGUCUCGACGAGCCAGGCUCCCGCGAAGGGCAGCAACCCGAACGGGACCUGGGGCCGCAGGCGGGCGAAGGUCAAGCGAAUGGUCGGGUACGCGUGGGUGAGUGUCGCCGCGGACGUCGACGAGGGCGAGGACGUGCGGGACUCGCUCGCCGCGGUCGUGGAGAUGGUCGAGGGAAACAAGGUGCGGCCUUGGGUGGGCGCCGACGAUGACGAAGACCGGGUCGUCACGUUCGAGCGUGCUCCGGAGGCCUUCAGGCGCGAUGCAGAUGGGCCAAGGGGCGUGCUUCAGGAUGCGGGCACCUGUGUCGUCAAGAUCGGCGCGUGGUCUUGA